AUGAAUUACGGACACCUACCAACGUUGAAGGAAUCGAUGAUCAGCUACAACUCAAGUCGGAUUACUGGUAUUAUCCAACAAUUUGAAGUCAAUUUCCUCAACAUUUAUUUGCCACUCAUGAAGAUCUGUCGAGUGUUGGUGAACAAACUAUUGAGCUCUGCUAGCAGCGACCCUCUUGUGGCGUUCUAUGAAGAUAUGAAACAGUUGAAUGACCUGUUUCUGGAGACACAGAAGAUGGAAGACAGUCUUCAGAGACUCACAAUCCUUGUCUUGAAACUCCGCAUUGAGAGUGCAACUAACCAGGCCCAUCAACUUCUUGGGUGGGUCAAAGUGCUUUUUGAGAGAAUUGAAAGCCGCUUGAACCUUCCUUAUAGUCGUGGCACCAAUCAAACCCAAAUUGAAAGAGCUUGUGAAUGGUGUCAAAUGUGCCAAGAUCAAUAUGAAAAGGCACUUGAAAAUUUCUGGGCUCAUGAGCCCGUAGAAACGGAGGACCAGGAGGAGGACUGGAAUUCAGAUGAUCCCAAUUUUUGA